AUGUGUGUACACGCAAUGUGGUUGCUGUUGUGCCUGUGCGCACUUGCGCACGCGCAGCAAUUGCCCAGGGUGAAUACGACGCAAGGUGUUGUCGUGGGACGACACGUAGAAGAUGGCGAUUAUCUGACCUUCUACGGAAUUCGAUAUGGUGGCAACCCGACCGGCGAAAACAGGUUCAAGGCACCUACCACGCCACCCGUUAAUUCUGAAGAAUUCCAAGCCGUCGACAAUUCAGUUAUAUGUGCCCAACCAAGCUCAAAUGGAUUUAUCGGCACAGAAGAUUGUCUAGUUCUUAACAUCCUUACGAAAAAUCUCACAACACCUAAACCAGUGUUUGUAUGGAUUGAAGGCGAAGAUUAUGAAUUAACAAGUACCACACCAUAUCCCUUCGAAAAUCUUGUUGAAGAUCUGGUUAUUGUUAAGAUUAAUUAUCGUCUAUCAAUCUUCGGUUUCCUUUGUCUUGGUGUCAGCGAUGCUCCUGGAAACGCUGGUUUGAAAGACAUCGUCCAGGGUCUAAAAUGGAUUAAAGAAAACAUUGCUGGUUUCGGAGGAGACCCUAACAAUGUCGUACUAGUCGGUCAUGGAUCCGGAGCUGCCAUGGUCGAUUUGAUAACGUUGUCACCAAUGUCUCAGAAUUUAGCACAUAAAGCUAUAGUGUUAAGUGGGUCAGCGUUGGCUCCGUGGGCUGUUUCAUACAAUCCUGUAAGUCAUGCUCAGAAAGUGGCAGAAAAUUUAGGAUACACAGACAUGUCAAGAACAGAUUUGGCGAAAAAACUAGCAUCCACUGAAACUACCGUACUCAUAAGAGCUCUAAGCUCCAUAAAAUUUAAUGAUACCUCUCUAUUAUUUGCUCCAUGUGUUGAGAAUAUAAAUUUGAAUCCAAGCGACACAUUCCUUGAAGAAGCACCUAUUAAUAUUUUAAAAUCAGGAAACUUUAGUCAAAUACCUUACUUAGCAGCUUUCGCGAAUAUGGAAGGAACCUUACGCGCUCCACAAGCAGUUAAUGGUGAUUGGCUUCAAAGAAUGGAUACUAACUUUGAUGAUUUUAUACAAGUUGACCUUGCUUUUGAAUUCGAAGAAAAUAAAACAGCAAUAGCAAAAAACAUACGUGACUUUUACUUUGGCCAAAGCACAAUUGGCAUGGUAAAUAUUGAGAAAUACUUGGACUAUUAUGGAGACACUCUAAUAAUCCUUCCCAUGAUAAGAGGAUCCCAGGAAAGAGCAUGGAAAUCUUCAGAAAAUGUUUACUUGUUGAAGUUCUCUGUUAAUGGUACAUAUAACUCUGACUGGGCGUAUCCGAUUCCUCCUAGUGGAGCGCGACACGGAGCCAUUUUAAAUUAUCUGUUUAACUUUGAUUUGCGAGUUUUGGAUAAAUCCGUAAAUAUUGCAGUUGCUCGACGCUUCACAGAAUUUGCGUACACUGGGUAAGAGUUUUUUCUAUAAUUUAUUUUGUUC